UUGGCCAACACGCGAGCUAGCGAUUUAAGCCGCCAACUGUAAAAUCGCGAGCGAUUCCGUCGCGUUAACUGUAUCACAACAAUAACAACAACAAUAACUAACAAACAAAAGCAACAUCCGAAUGCAUUAAUCAAAUAUCCGUGAAAAGUGUUUAUAAAUUUGUUUGUUUUAAGUUUUUUUCAUUUUGUUUUGGUUUGCCGCUUUUGUUAGCGUUGGCUGGCCCGCCACACGAAUCGAAUUUUAAUUGAGUGACAGAAGGAAACCGAAUUAAAUCGAAAAAAGUGAACACACAAAACAAAUUAUAUAUUUACGUAUAUGUAUGGUAUACAUAUAUUGGUUUGAAUAAAUAAAGCAGCAACUGUAAUAAUGCCUCUCAUACGGGUACUAUCCGCAAUCGCCUGCUGCUGCCUUUUUGCGACCUGUGGCGGCGAAGAGAUCGAGGCGGUGUCCUCCAAGGUCGCGGACAAGGUCGAGGCCGUAGCCACCACCAAGCUGACCCCCAGCAUCGAAGAGGAUGCCAAGAGCAAGACGGAGAAGCGUGACUCAUCGGAUCAGACAGGUACCCCGUACUUCGGCCUCUCGAGCAAAGAGCCGCCGUUCCGACCGAUUUAUCCGCCCAGCAGCCGCUUCGAGUCGGAGCCACCGACGCAAAUCUUCGGGCCCACCACACUGCGCUACACAGCUGCGGAGGCAGCUCCACCACAGGCCUUCCACGGACAGAAGGGGCCGCAGCACCACCGCUUCAGCUUUGCAGUGCCACCGCAAGUGGAGCCCUUUCAGCGGCAAGCCGCCUACAAGCCCGUUGCCACCCCUCCACAGCCACAGCCACAGCCACAGCCACAGGCGCAGGCGAUUUUCAAUUACGGCGAGCUUGAGCCGGCAGCACCACUGGGCCACCUGGGCCGCUUGGGCCACCUGCACCACAGCCAAGGCCAGCAGGGUGGCAAGUACCUGCAGCAGCCGCCACAGAAGCUGCAGCAGCGCAUCCAGUACAUCAUUGCCAUUCCGCUCUCGUACAUGCGCCAGUUGCAGCAGCAACAGCAGUUGCAACAGCAGCACCAACAGCAGCAGCAUCAACUGCUCUUGGCCCCGCUACCCACUGGCAGCAGUAGCAGUAGCAGUAGCAGCACCAGCAGCACUGCCCCGCCAUCGCCAUCGCCUUCUUCGCCCCCGCAUCCCACGCCCACGGGCAGACAUCCGCUGGGGCAGCUGCUGGGUCCGCUGGCACGCGACCACCAGGGCCAGUACAGACCCUACUACCAGUCGGAUGCCGUUAGUGCACCGCUCGCGGGACCCACAGCGCCGCUGAUCCACCAGCCCUACCUGCAGAUACCCACCAGUCUGCUGAUGGCCGCCGCCCAGCAACUGCACCAGCACCAUCACCACCACCAGCAGCAGCAGCAGCAGCAACAGCAGCAGCAGGUUAUGUACGCCAAGGUCGCUGCCCCUGCGCCACCACCCACCUACCAGCCCGCCCAGCUCUUCUAUCAGCCAGCGCCCCCAUCAUCCCCGGCGCACCACCAUCCGCAGCAGCCGCAAAUUCAACUGCAGCUACAGCGGAUCUUCCUGCAGCCACCGCAGCCACAGCAGUCCACCAUCUACGCCGAACAGCCAGGACCACUAUAUGCUUAUCCGCUGCAGCAGCAACUCCAGCAGCAAUACCCGAAGCCGCAUCAGCAGCAGCAGCAGCAGCAGACCCUCAAACAUUCAGAGCAGCAACAGCAGCAACACAAAUACACGCCAGCAGCGCCAACGUCGCCGACAGCAUUGACAACAACAUCGACAACGAGCACGGCAGCAACAUCAGAGGCGGCAGCAGCAGCAACAGCAACGGCGGCGGCAACAGCAACACGGCAGCAACACUUGCCCGUGGUGCACUACAACCCCAUAUACGUGCAAGCACCCGCCGAGCAGCAACAUCAGCAGCAGCAGCAGCAGCAGCAGCAGCAGCAGCAACAUCAAUUUGCCAUAUUGCCACGUUUCAGCAAUAACAACCCAAAGGCCGUCUACAACAUGGCCCACGAAUCAGCGGGGCCCCUUCACGUGGUCAGAUUGUCGGCGGCAAAUGGACCGCCGAUCCAUCACUACCACCAUUACCAGCCGGCGUCCGUGCUGCAGCCGCUCUACAGCCACGCCCCGCAGCAGUAUGUAUCGCCCUACGAGGAGGGGCCCAAGUCGCUGGCUUCAGUUUCCGGUUCCGGUUCCGAUUCCGUCUCCGCUUCGCCAUCUGUGAUGAACGCGGCCUCGCCGGCCAUUAUACCAUACUUCAGCCAUCCGGGCGCCGUGCAUUAUGGCACGCAUUUGUAUCACCCGGGAGCAGCAAUAGCAACAGCACUGGGUGCACCAGCACCAGCAACGGCAACAGGAGCAGGCGCAGCAGCAGCAGGACCAAGAGCAGCAGGGCCAAAGCAACAGUCGACCGCAACAAGUGGGGGGCAGCUGUCAGGUGACGGCAACAAUAUUGUGAAAUAUCCCUAAAGCGUUCAAAGCAACAAUGACAGCAACUGCAGCAGCAACAGCAGCAACAGCAGAAACAUCAUCACCUAUAGCUAGGAUGACUUCGCUUUAAGCACGAUUUCGCCACCAGACCAUACCCAAAUUCAUACUUCUUUAAACCUUUGUUUGGAUUUCCCAUUUGCUAUCCGCUGGUGCUGCUCCUGUUUUUCGGUACGCUAAUUACGUAUUUUACUCAAUUUCGAACCCCUUUUAUGCUCCUGCUCUUUGUUGUUAUGCAAAUCUGGUGCCUUGCCUUCAAGUUUGCUUUUCCAACUUUUAAUGAGUUUGCCGGCACUCCGGCGCUCAUUCGGUUUUUGUGUAAAUAUUUAAGAAAUUUUCCAAUAGACUCGCCAAAUAAACAUUUGCCUAAGCCUACAUAUGUAUAUGUUUCCACUGUUUAAGUCGUAGAACUCGUUUGUAUUUGUAUUUUAAUGUUACGUUUACAUAUAUGAAUUUCAUUUUUUUUGUUGGUACACUUAAUAAAGAUAUACUCAUCUCACAUA